GUUUUGCUAUACAGUAAUAAUUAUAAUACAAAUGUGUAUACAAAAUGCAUUUUUUCAAUAAAUAAGUAUCUAAAAAACUAUCUCCCUCCAAAUGGCAGAUUUAACCCUUCAAAUGGUCAGGGGUGGUCCAGUAACAACUGCCUCAGAAAUCCUAGCCAUGAAGCUGGUGUUGAAGAACACGUCAGGAGAAUCAGUCUCACUGUUAAUUCAUGCCGAUGAGACAUUUGAGGAUCUCAAGAAACGAGUGCAGACAGAAGUCGGCAUUGCACUGGACUUGCAAGAUCUCUUUGAGAGGUGUGGUAACAUCAAGGAUACACAACGAGUAAUUGAUUUCUUUGCAACAACAGGAGGAGGAAUCGAGCAACCCAAGGAACAUGAACCACAGCCUGAGGUCCAGCAGGAGGAUGUAAAGUGCUCGGUUCCGACGUGUGAGAACACCAAGUUCUCCUGCCCAGAUAAGGCAUUCUUCAUGUUCCCUUUAGAGGAGAUGAGGUGCCACCAGUGGGCGCUGUACUGUCACCGAUUGAAUGAUGUCUCAGGCAGACACAGGCUUGUGCUCACCUCUCAGUCGAUGAUCUGUGCAGAUCACUUCCGUAAGGACCAGUUUGUCAAGAACACUACAACUUUGUUGAAGCGGACAGCAGUACCUUGCAUUAAUCCUGAGAUACCUCUCGCUUCUGCAGAUCCAGUAGCUCCCAGACGGAAGCCAAUCAUGCGAUCAGGUUUAGCAACCGUAAAAACGGAAAUAUCAGUGCCAUUACCACUGUCUUCACUUGAGAAUGCUCUUACAUUGCUUCAGCAGCAAACAGAUAUUGAUGAGGAAAGCACCGCGAUCUGUCGCCUUUGCUCUAACCCAUGUACCAAUUUUAUUUUCAUAUUUGAUGAAGUUGGUGUGAAGUUGAAUCUUGCAGAAAAGAUAAACUGGUGUCUGCCUGUUACUGUGCAAGAAACAGAUCUUCUACCUAAGCAAAUUUGCCGACCGUGUUUUGACAAGCUCGCUCUCUGUCACGAGAUGGCCGAGACCUCACUCCAGGCUGAGAAUAGGCUGCGGGAAAUGAUGACUGAGAAGCAGUUCAGCUCCCAACCUCUUACAGGAUCAGAUCUGCUGAGUCCAGUCUACGUGGGAUCUGAGGGUGAUGACUCUCAAGACAGUUCUAGUAUAUCCAAGUUAAAUAACAUGAAUGAGGCAAAGUCUUUGUUUUGCUGCCCUUUGUGUUCCUGUGGGAAAAUGAUCACAAAAAGUGGCAUCUAUAGAGCCAAUCAUGGUGUGUGUCAAGAGUUAAAAACUGACACUGAAGAAAAACCUAAAAUCACUACUGUCGAAGAAAGCUCUGAAACAACAGCCAUUCUACCUGAGGUAAAAUUUUCAAACUCUAUGAAAGAGCCGAGCAAGUUAAACAAUGAACAACAGCAAUUAUGGAAUGGACAAGAAUACUCUUUAAAAAUACCUGAAUUAGAUAUGGAUACUUUGUAUCAUGAUCCUGACAGUAUUGUGGGGAUGGAGUUAGAUACUAUUCCAGAAGAUGAAGCCUGGGAAGGAUUACGAAGUAAUAAAGAAACUAAAAUUGUAGUAAAAGGAGAAAAAGAGUCCUUAAUAUGUAGAAUUUGUGGGGUGGAAUUUUCAGAACUGACAGCUCUGUUGGAUCACUCAGAAGAUCACUCGGACAUAGACUGUUUCCCUUGUACAAUGUGUGAUCGGUGGUUUAGUAACAAAUCAGUGCUAGACACACAUUUUGUGGAAGAACACUUUGGCCAUAAAAUAGAGGAAGCGGAGGUACAUCAGUGUGAGUCCUGUGGGCUCUCAUUCAAAUCAGCUGUGAGACUGGAGAGUCAUGUCUGUGGCUCUUCUGCUGCUACAAACAGAUGUCUUACCUGCAACAAGGCAUUCCGCUCCGAGGCUCGGUUGGAGUUUCAUCAGAGGUUUCAUCGUGGAGCUAAACCAGGAUAUUGUGAAGUAUGCCAAAAAACAUUCCCAGAUGAGCUCAAGCUGUACAAGCACACAAUGUAUUUACAUUCCCAGAACAAAGGACAUGUCUGCGAGGAGUGUGGCAAAGUCUUUAGAUCAAACAGUUCACUUAGGUACCAUCAGAGAUCCCACCAAGGUGAGGACAUAAUGAAGCCUUACCCAUGUGAGUACUGCGGAAAGUGUUUCAUCAGAAAAAGUAUGCUGAGGAAUCAUUUUGUGAACACUCACAAGGAUAAAACUCAGGAAGGUAGCUGUUUUACUUGUAAACUCUGUUUUGAAGCAUUCCCGAGCACUGAUCAAGCCGUGAACCAUAUGGAUAUCAUGCAUAUUCCCGAAUGCAGUGGGGAGACAACAUAUAGUUUUGAAAUGCACACAGUGAAGAGACUUUAUCUGUGUGAAUAUUGUGAGAGAUGCUUCACAGAUCCUGUUAAUCUCAAUGCUCAUAGGGAACAUCAUCCUCCAGAGUAUCCCUAUCAGUGUAAAAUCUGCAAUGAAGCUUUUUCAUCUUCCUCUCUUCUUGAGGAACAUAAAAAACUUCACAUAUCAGCUGGUGUGAGGGAUUACAUGAGUGAAUUCACUGUUCCAACCGUGUACAUGUGCGAGUAUUGUGAACGCUGCUUCAUGAACAAUGUGAAAUUGUCUGAACAUCUGACUGUGCAUUUUGGUGAAGAGCCAUACCAUUGUCGAUUUUGUGAUUUGAAAUUUAAAACCCAGGCUGAGGUAUCUGAACACCGGCUGGCUCAUGAUCAGACUCUUUCUCCAGUCGAAGAUUCAUACAGACCUUAUGAAUGUCAUUUUUGUCCAAAAUCUUUUGCGAUUGAAGAUGCUUUAGUGAAACAUAUACGAAUGCAUACAGGAGAGAAACCAUUUAUCUGUGAUCAAUGUGGGAAAGGGUUCUCACAGAGUUCCGGUUUGUACACCCACCAGAAAGUGCAUUCGGAUGAGAGGCCAUACUCCUGUCCAGUUUGUCCAAGAACCUUUAAGAUUAAAGGAGAUAGAGAUGUACAUGUCAGAAAACACUCGGGGGAUCGUCCUUACAAGUGUGAUUAUUGUGGAAAGGCCUUCAUGACCCAACAUGUUUACAGCCAACAUCGGAAAAUCCAUACAGGAGAACGGCCCUACAAGUGUGAUGUCUGUGGUAUUGCCUUUCGUAGAUCCCACGUUUUGACAGUACACAAACGUAUCCACACUGGUGAGAAACCCAACAUUUGUGAUAUCUGUGGCAAGAGAUACCGUCAGAAGGGGGAUAUGUUAAAGCAUCGCAGACUACAACACGGUAUUGUUAAAGUUAGAAUACAAAAGGUUGAAUUUUAAAUAUUUUGUUUGCUCAGUUUCAUACUGUUUCUAAAUUCUCAAUCAUUUGUAAUUGAAUUUUAUGUUUGUUGUUAAAUAUUGUGAUGCUCACUAUAACACUUUGAUUGAAGACUAUGUGAUCAUUAGAAAAUACAGAGUUAUUAGUUAAUAAGUAAUAGUAAUUGUAAAUAUAUAUUUUUGGAUGUAACAAAUCAAUAUGCUUAAAAACAAUUAUUUGAACAUCUUCAUCCAAUUUUAGUUGUUUUGCAAAUAAAGGUAAAAAUGGUUGUGUGUA